CUGGGAAAGCAGACCUCAUAGGAACUCAGAACAAGUAGGAGAAAAGAUUUUUUUUUUUUUUCCUUGUUCUUUUUCUUUUCAAAAAUGAACCUAACUGCGCUCAAAGCUUUUGUGGGCUUGCUCUGGAAUUGCUGGGUUCUGGUGGGUCACGCACAGGGAGGUUUAGGAGACAAUCAUGUCCAUUCGAGUUUUAUUUACAGGAGGCUGCGGAACCAUGAGAGAAGGGAGAUUCAGAGAGAAAUUCUCUCUAUCCUGGGUUUACCUCACAGACCCAGACCAUUUUCACCAGGAAAGCAGGCUGCUUCUGCACCCCUCUUCAUGCUGGACCUGUAUAAUGCCAUGACAAAUGAAGAGGAUACUGAGGAGCUGGAGUAUUCACCAAAGGGAUCAAUGGCAGGGGAGAGCAGAGGGAUACGGAAAGGAUACCCUGCCUCUCCAAAUGGAUAUUCGCGGAGAAUACAAUUAUCUCGCAUGACCCCCCUGACCACACAGAAUCCUCCCUUAGCCAGCCUGCACGACACCAACUUUCUGAAUGAUGCUGACAUGGUCAUGAGCUUUGUCAAUUUAGUUGAAAGGGACAAGGACUUCUCCCACCAGCGAAGGCAUUACAAAGAGUUUCGUUUUGACCUAACUCAAAUCCCGCAUGGAGAGGCAGUGACAGCAGCCGAAUUCCGGAUAUACAAAGACAGAAGUAACAGCCGCUUUGAGAAUGAAACAAUUCAGAUUAGCAUAUAUCAGAUCAUCAAGGAGUAUCCAAACAGGGAUGCAGACUUGUUCUUGUUAGACACAAGAAAGGCUCAAGCUUCAGAUGUGGGCUGGUUUGUGUUUGACAUUACAGUGACCAGCAAUCACUGGGUGAUUAAUCCGCAGAACAAUCUGGGCUUGCAACUCUGCGCUGAAACUGGGGACGGUCGAAGUAUCAAUGUUAAAUCUGCUGGCCUGAUUGGAAGACAUGGGCCUCAGUCAAAGCAACCCUUCAUGGUUGCGUUCUUCAAGGCAAGUGAAGUGCUUUUCCGUUCCGUCCGAGCAGCCAACAACAAAAGGAAAAAUCAGAACCGCAACAAAUCCAGUAGUCAUCAGGAGUCUUCUAGGAUGCCAAGUGUUGGGGAUUAUAACACAAGCGAGCAAAAGCAAGCAUGUAAGAAACAUGAACUUUACGUGAGCUUCCGAGACUUAGGAUGGCAGGAUUGGAUUAUUGCACCAGAGGGCUACGCUGCAUUUUACUGCGACGGAGAGUGCUCUUUCCCCCUCAAUGCCCACAUGAACGCAACAAACCACGCCAUUGUUCAGACGCUGGUUCACUUGAUGUUUCCUGAUCAUGUACCAAAGCCAUGCUGUGCACCAACAAAACUGAAUGCAAUCUCCGUGCUCUACUUUGAUGACAGUUCCAAUGUUAUUUUAAAAAAAUACAGGAAUAUGGUGGUGCGUUCAUGUGGCUGCCACUAGAAUAAAAAAAAGAAAAAUAAUCUAAAGCAGAGGGUUUUAUUCAGAAUUGUAAUAAAGUCAAGAUAUGAGUCUUGCUGAUGAAAAGGCAGUCCUAAAUUUAUUCCAUUUCAUGUCAUCUCUCAUUUAAAUGUACAGUAUAAUGUAUAUAGUAGCUUUUAUUUAUUUAAAAGUAUAUAGUUUCUUUUGUAUGAGCAAAAUUCAGAACCAUUUAUCUUAUGGGUCACCUCACUACGCAGUAGAACUUCACAAACUAAUUUUUCAAUUGACCAUACUGGAAUCUAUUUCAUUCCAUUUCAAUAUUUUAAAGUAAAGCCUUUGUAUAGAUUUUUUUUAAAACUAGAAACUCCAGAACUUCUGUAACUGCUUUGUAUUGUUAAAGGAACUAAAAUACAUUUGGUCAUAUUGUGCCAAUGAAAACUGUGGCAGGGUAUUUAUUUAGAAAAAGGCACAGAAAAGAACUAAACAAAACUGCUUG